AUGCCAAAAAUAUCAUCAAUAAAAUAUUAUGCUGUUGCCAAAGAAGAAAAAAUUGGAAUAUAUACAUCAAAUGUUAAAAAGCCUAAAACUAAUUUUGAUUUGGUUAAUAAAUUUAAUGAUUUAAUUAAGGAACGUGAAGAAAAAACUUAUUUAAAAUAUAUGAAAGGAUAUAGUGGUAUUUAUGGAAAUGAACAAGCAAAUAGACUCGCAUAUUUAGAUUCAAAAAAACCAGAUGUUGAAUUAAUUCUACCAGAACGUAAAAACACAAUCAAAGAUUAUUUCAAAUAG